AUGUCACGUAACCUCAUCAGAACUUUUAAAACAUCAGCAAUGACUCUUUCACAUAAACCAAAGAUUGUCGCCAACAAAUACUUCUCUCGUGAUACAGGUAAGGAUGUUUGGACUUUGACUAACGAAUCCGCUGCAUUGGCUGCUACAAACGCUCAAAAUAAAGGUAGAGAUAUGUUGAAUCUUGGUCAAGGUUUCUUCUCAUAUGCUCCUCCUGAAUUCGCUAUAAAUGAAGCUAAGAACGCCUUGGAUAUUGCCUUGGUGAAUCAAUAUUCUCCAACUAGAGGCCGUCCCUCUUUGAUUAAAUCUCUGAUUGAAUUUUAUAACCCUAUUUAUUCUACAAAAUUGAAACCAGAAAAUAUCUCGGUCUUCACUGGUGCUAAUGAGGCUAUCUUAAGUUGUCUUACUGGUCUAUUGAAUCAAGGUGACGAAGUUAUUGUCUUCGAACCAUUCUUCGAUCAAUAUAUCCCAAACAUUGAAAUGUGUGGUGGUAAAGUUGUCUACGUACCAAUUAACCCUCCAAAGGCUCUUAAUGAAAGAGUCACUAAAGGUACAGAAUGGGAAAUUGAUUGGGAUAUUCUAGAAAAAUCCAUAAAUUCAAAAACUAAAGCUAUGAUUAUUAAUACUCCACAUAAUCCUAUUGGUAAGGUCUUCACUAAGGAAGAACUUUUGAGAUUAGGUGAAUUGUGUGUGAGGAAUAAUAUUGUCAUCAUCUCUGAUGAAGUUUAUGAACAUUUAUACUUUACUGAAAGCUUCACUAGGAUCGCAACUCUAUCUCCAGAGAUUGGUCAAUUGACUUUAACAGUCGGUUCUGCAGGUAAAUCCUUUGCGGCUACCGGCUGGAGAAUUGGUUGGACUGUCUCUUUAAAUGAAGAAUUACUUGGUUAUGCCGCUAAAGCACACACUAGAAUUUGUUUCUCUUCUCCUUCUCCACUACAAGAAGCUGUCGCUAAUGGUCUUACUGAUGCGUCUAAGAUUAAUUAUUUCUCAAACAUGAGACAAGAAUAUAUUCGUAAAUAUGAAAUUUUUACAAAAGUUUUUGAUGAAUUAAAUUUACCAUAUACUGCUGCAGAAGGUUCUUAUUUCAUCCUUGUCAAUUUUGCUAAAGUAAACAUUCCAGCUGAUUAUAAAUUCCCGGAGGAAUUGUUGCAAAAGGGUAAGGAUUUCCGUAUUUCUUAUUGGUUGAUGAACGAGUUGGGUGUUGUGGCCAUCCCACCAACGGAAUUCUAUAUUAAAGAACAUGAAAAGGCAGCUGAAAAUCUGUUAAGAUUUGCUCUAUGUAAAGAUGAUGAAUAUUUGGAAAAAACAGUUGAAAGGUUAAGACUCCUAAAGGAUUAUUUGUAA